CCACUGUUCUUCUUUUCCCGGAGUUUGGAGGCCACCUAUCCGCGGAGCACACCUGUCACUCUAACUGACUCGGCAGCCGGCAGGCAGCGGGUCGCUGGCUCCAGCCCGCUGGAGGAGGAGGCUGCGCGGAAGGAAGGAAAGAGUCGGCGCGCGGCCGCUUGCAGGCGUGGGUGGGGACGCCAAGGGGCGGCGGCGGCGCGCGCGGGCGGGGUGUGCGCGCCGCCGCCGCCGCCGCCGCCGCCGCGUCACCAGCGUGCGGCACGUGCCCGUGUUUACGUCCCUCGUGGAGCCACGAACGUCAGCAGCCGAAUGGCAACAUUAUGGCAAUAGUGAGGCUUAGAGUUUAGAAGACGCUUCCAUCAGUGGGCCCAGCUCCUGGCGGUGGGGAAGAGGAGGAGGGGCGGGAACAACGGCCCGGACGAGCGGCGGAGACGCACACACCGCCGGCCCCGACCGCCUACCGGCCUACCCGGCCCCGCGGGACCCGCGCCUCACCUUCGGAGCGCCGCAGACGCAGCACCGCGGCCUCGCGCUGGGGGCAGCGCCGCAGCGCGAGGCUUGUAAACAGAUCCGACCGCACGUGACCAUGUGAACUACCUGCUCUGGGGACGCGUAUUGUCUUUCCUACGAGCGGCGCCACAAAGGAGCGCGGAGGGUCCGAGUGCUGAGGAUCGGGUAAGCGAGAGGGGAGAGCCGGCCGGCGCACUAAGAUGGCUGAAGGCGCCCGGAGAGGGUGAGCGGGGGGCGCGGCGCAGCCAGCCGGUGAGUCCUCAGGCGGGCAGGACCGGCGGCGCCUCCCCCGAGGACUGGCGUCGGAGCCACCAUGUCGUUCGCGCUCGAGGAGACGCUCGAGUCGGACUGGGUGGCCGUGAGGCCCCAUGUAUUCGACGAACGUGAGAAGCACAAGUUCGUCUUCAUUGUGGCCUGGAAUGAGAUUGAGGGCAAGUUUGCCAUAACCUGCCACAACCGAACGGCCCAGAGACAGAGGAGCGGCUCCCGGGAGCAGGCGGCGGUGCGAGGGGGCGCCGAUGCCGGUGCCCUCGCGUCCGACGGGGCCCGCGCGCCGGGAAGCCCGGCGGUCAAGGGCCGACCGGAGGCCACUGCCUCUGCUACUCUGGGCAGAAGCCCGGGGUCCCGGAGGAGCCCGGCCUGGGCAGAGGGCGGCUCUCCUCGGAGCGCGCGGAGCCUGCGGGGGGACCCGCCGCUGCGGAGUGUGGCCGGCAAAGGGGCGGAGAGCCCCCUCAGGAGCCCGGUGAAGGCCAAGAAUAGCCCGGUGCGGAGGGGAUCCGAAGGCCGAGAUUUCGCGGGGGCCGCUCUGGCAGUCCCGCCGGCGCCCAGAGAGGGCCCGGUGUCUUUGGUGCGGGUAGUGAGCGCCUGCGGCGCGGUAUCCGAAGAGAUCGAGGUGCUGGAAAUGGUGAAGGAGGAUGGGGCGGCCUCGGCGUCGUUGGCGCCCUCGAACGCGGAGCAGCCGCCGUCCGCAGUCGAGCUGGAGUCCCCGGCCGAGGAGUGCAGUUGGGCCGGGCUCUUCUCCUUCCAGGAUCUGCGCGCUGUGCACCAGCAGCUGUGCUCCGUGAACUCGCAGCUGGAGCCCUGCCUGCCUGUGUUCCCCGAGGAGCCCUCGGGCAUGUGGACCGUGCUGUUCGGCGGCGCCCCAGAGAUAACUGAACAGGAGAUCGACACUUUGUGUUACCAGCUUCAGGUCUACCUGGGCCACGGCCUGGACACCUGCGGCUGGAAGAUUCUUUCCCAGGUACUCUUCACCGAGACGGACGACCCCGAGGAGUAUUAUGAAAGUCUUAGCGAGCUGCGGCAGAAGGGCUACGAGGAGGUGCUUCAGCGGGCCAGGAAGCACAUCCAGGAGCUCUUGGAUAAGCACAAGAAUACAGAGAGCAUGGUGGAGCUUCUGGACUUGUAUCAGAUGGAGGAUGAAGCCUAUAGCAGCCUUGCAGAAGCCACAACUGAACUCUAUCAGUAUUUACUGCAGCCAUUCAGAGACAUGAGAGAACUUGCCAUGCUACGAAGACAGCAGAUCAAGAUUUCCAUGGAGAAUGAUUAUCUGGGUCCGCGGAGAAUUGAAAGUCUACAAAAAGAAGAUGCUGAUUGGCAGCGGAAAGCUCACAUGGCUGUGCUGUCAAUUCAGGAUCUUACUGUGAAAUAUUUUGAAAUAACAGCUAAAGCUCAAAAAGCUGUAUAUGAUCGAAUGCGAGCAGAUCAGAAGAAAUUUGGUAAAGCAUCAUGGGCAGCAGCAGCUGAACGUAUGGAAAAACUCCAGUAUGCAGUUUCUAAGGAGACUCUGCAGAUGAUGAGAGCUAAAGAGAUCUGUUUGGAACAGAGGAAACAUGCACUAAAAGAAGAGAUGCAGAGUUUGCAGGGUGGUACAGAAGCCAUAGCCCGGUUGGAUCAGUUAGAAGCUGAUUAUUAUGAUCUGCAACUUCAGUUGUAUGAAGUACAAUUUGAAAUCUUAAAGUGUGAAGAGUUACUAUUGACAGCACAACUGGACAGCAUCAAAAGGCUUAUAUCCGAAAAGAGAGACGAAGUGGUGUACUAUGACACUUACGAAAGCAUGGAGGCUAUGCUGGAGAAGGAAGAGAUGGCAGCAUCUGUGCAUUUGCAGAGAGAAGAACUACAGAAACUUCAGCAGAAAGCACGACAGCUGGAAGCAAGACGUGGACGGGUUUCUGCCAAGAAAGCCUACCUCAGAAAUAAAAAGGAAAUUUGUAUUGCAAAACACAAUGAAAAAUUUCAACAGCGCCUUCGGAGUGAAGAUGAAUAUAAAACUCAUCACACAGUACAGCUAAAGAGAGAGAAAUUACAUGAUGAAGAAGAAAGAAAAAGUGCAUGGGUUAGCCAAGAAAGACAGAGAACACUGGAUAGACUUCGAACUUUUAAACAGAGGUACCCAGGGCAAGUCAUACUUAAAUCAACCAGAUUGCGACUCACUCAUGCAAGAAGGAGAAGUGCAGCCAGUCCUGUGCCUUGCGAGGAGCAGUGUGACUCUCUACCAGGAGUGCUCCAGGUGGAAGAGAAGAGUGAAGAGGUGGAGGAAGGAAGAGGUGAGCCUGGGUCAUCAAAGACAACAGAAGCUCAAAACCUCACACAACUUGAAGAUACUUCAUUUGCACAACUUGAAGCUGCUUCGUUACCUCUCAGUGGUGUUACCUCUGAACUGCCUGCCACUGUAUCUCUUCCACUUUUAAAUAAUACUGACCUUGAACCAGGUUCUGUUACUAUAGAUCCACUCCCACCACCUCUUCCUCCAACACCCCCUCCUCCCCCACCACCCCCUCCUCCCCCUCCACCCCCACCUCUGCCUGUUGGUAAGGACAGCUCCCCAGAGACACUGGAGAAAGGUCUGCCAAGAAUGGAGGGGAAUGAGAAGAGGAUCCCGAAGUCUGCGAGUGCCCCCUCGGCGCACCUCUUUGACAGUAGCCAGCUGGUCAAUGCCAGGAAGAAGCUUAAAAAGACUGCUGAAGGUUUGCAGAGGAGGAGAGUGAGCUCACCCAUGGAUGAGGUGCUAGCUUCCUUGAAACGGGGUAGUUUUCAUCUGAAAAAGGUUGAACAGCGGACUUUGCCUCCUUUUCCUGAUGAAGAUGAUAGUAAUAAUAUCUUGGCACAAAUAAGGAAAGGUGUAAAAUUGAAGAAGGUACAGAAGGAUGCUUUGAGAGAAUCCUUCACACUUCUGCCGGACACAGACCCUCUAACACGGAGCAUCCAUGAAGCUCUUAGAAGAAUCAAAGAAGCAUCCCCUGAGUCAGAGGAUGAGGAGGAAGCUUUGCCUUGCACAGACUGGGAAAACUGACAAGUGACUUUACAGAAAGAAAAAACACCUUGAAAAACAGUUGAAGAUCCAUUGAUACUCUGUUGGAAAACAAAAUUUUAACCACUUGAUUCCACAGAUCCAAUCUGUAUUGGCUCAGUGAUGUGAAAAAAAAAAAAAGGAAGCACUUUUGGCAAGUUACCAUUUUUCCAGUCAUUCCAAUAGAUGGUUAACAUGAGUGUUACAUGUUCAAUGUUCCUGACUUCAGUGAAGAAGAGACCUUGCAGAGGUUCCUGUUUUUUAAAGCACCUUUCCCUCCUGUCCACCCAUUUAUGUUCUUGUAGUGGCCAGUAAAGCUUAGGGGUUGCUCUGAGCUGGAAGAACACUGGGUUGACAGAGACCUACUGUAAAGUGUAUUGGGACCGCUUUGAAAUCCAUCUUUCAGUGCACUGAAUAGUCAUUUGCUUGAAAACACAGAGCUGCUUCCAUGUCAGCUAAAAAGUUUACCAUAAUAUCUGUAGGAUACGAAUUGAAAGAAAAUCAGAUGGAAAUGCACUGAGAAUUUCCACAUUACUCAUCUCCAAACGGGAAAUUUUCACAAAGGUGUUCAACAGCAUCUGAAAAACAUACAUAACCAUGGAGAUACACCUAUUAAUGUGUUUAUUUACCACACAUUUGACAUGCAUAUUUUUAGAAAACCACACACUUUUACACUUGGUAAGGUUUCGGAAUAAAAAUUUCUGUGCUUUUAAAUAGUUCUUUAUAAUUGUGAAUUUAUAAUAGUUUGAAUUUUAUGUGCAGUUUUGUCUAGGAGAAGCAGUAGUCUGUAAUUAGAUAAUAUUUCAAAUUAUUUUUAGUCUUUUGUUUGAACUGUUGCUUGAUUAGUGUAACUCCACAUGACUUUCCUACUGAGAAUCAGAAAUCAGAACUCAACAACAGGGAUGCAGAUCUCAAGUCUUUUUACCAUACAACCCUUUAAGUUUUUAUUUUUAUGCUCUACAGUGAAAAGUGUUCUCUACAAAUACACAGAAAGUAGACAGGUAGAAAAGCCUCCCUGGCUGGCAUUUCACUCUUUUCACAUGCCUUGAGUGGGGUUUUGGGAGAUAGCCUUUGUAUUGUCACAGAAUUUAAAAACAUGUAGUUCUAGGUGCCGAUUUUGCUAUAUUGAAGUCCUGAAGGAUGUGCUUACAUGAAUGAAGCUGUUACGAUCCUCAGCAGGACUGUCGUGGGCCUGAAUAAAGGUAGAGAUGUUGGACCCCAUUAUAGUACUCUGGAAAGUACUAUAAGAUAGAUCUUGGCCUUUAUGUGAAGGGAAUUAAAACUGGAGUAUCGAAAAGAACUUUUUUCUUAUGAGGGAAUUCUCUGGCCUAGACCCAAAAAGCAGUCCCAGAGUAAAAGCUCUCCAAAGUGUAUAAAUUGGUUUCCUGGAGGAAAAAAGAUCACUUUUGUCAUUUUAAAAUGUUAUUUCCUUUAAGUAAUCAUGGAGAAAGCUUUCUGACAACAGGUAGCAUAAAAAUCCUUGUGCUUAAAAGCUGGUAAUGUACUUACUGAUAAGACUAAUUAGGAGCCUUAGCACAGCAUUUUCACAAUACAUUGGUUUUAUGCUGGCAUUAUUCCCACAUGUUGUUGCAGGAGGUUAGAUUUUUUUUCCUAUGAAUCUUCAGUGAAGAAUCAAAGCAUGCUUUUUAACCCAAAAAAUGAUUGGUUUAAUAUAUAUACAUUUUAAAUUGUUUAGCAAAUUUGUGAAACAUACAAAAAAUCAUAUCUAUUUCAUGCCUUUGGAUGCUUUUUGUAAUUUUUUUUUAAAUUUAUUGACAUUUAGAAAAAAUGCAGGAGGAUCUAAUACUAAAUUAACAGCAAAAGCAUUGGAACUUGCAUAGGUUCAGAAGGAAUUGCUACCCAUUCAGUGUUAACAGUUUAGAUUCCAUUAACAGGCUUACUUAUAAGAGGGUCCUGUGAUCCAUCUUCCUGAGCCAUGUAGUAAAGUCUCUAGACAGUAACGGAGGGAGUACAGAGCCCUGUAAAUCCUUGUAGGGUUGGCUUCACAGCUCUAAGCACAUCCCAGUGUAGCACUCCAUGAAGGUCAUCUCACACUGAAAAGUGAGUAGAUUACCAAAAGCCUUGUUAGUAGCCAACUGUGCUCAUUUUCUGGUAAAUAACUUUCUUCAGUGUACCUACCCAUUUCCCCUACUCAAUAUUCAGGUUCCUAUUUCCACAAAAUUACAUUACUGCAGAUCAUCAACCUUUGGAGUUCUUAUAAAUAACAUUAAAAUUUCAAAUAACUACAGUCCACUUGUCCAUCAAGAUGAGAUUCCAGUUAAAUCCUCAUGUUAACUUUAACAGUUUCAGAACUGGCAAAAAUUACGUAAGUGUGGUCAAAUCCCUCCACCCUCACCCCUGACCCUUCACCCUAAUAAAAUUAGCAUCUUUGGCCUUAGUGUUAAAUUUGCAUAUAUUUAGUUAUGAUGGUACUUAGAUGAUCACGUUUCCAGUUCCAGACUUGCCCAUACCAUUUAUAUGGUUGAAAAUAUCUGACAGUUAUAUUUCUGUUAAUGUAACAUUUCUGUAUUAAGUCCACACCAAACAGCUGCUUGCUUAGCUGAAUCAAUUUAGAAGUCACUUUACCAACCUAGCCUCAGCUGCAAUGUAUUUAAAAUAAGGAAAUAAGUAGAUGGUGACUUGGGGAUAUUUUGAAGUUAAUUGCCCACCUGAAUGUCAAUUUUAAAUAUUUCUCUUACUAAGGCAAUCAAAAUUAUGUAUAAAUAACCAAUGUGUCAUGUAUGGAAAAGGUAUUCCUGAUUUAUAAUUCUAGUGGUACUGUGGUGUGGCAGUAUGAGAAAAUGCCUGGCUAAAGAGUAUUUUUAAAUGAGCAGUUGUCUUGCUUACUUGAUGUGUAUUUUACAGGCUUAAUUGAGUUUGUGAGUGACAGGAAAACAAUCAUUCCUUAGUUUUUCAUUGUGGAACUGAAACAUUUCUAUAAAGUGCAUUUUUAGGUGAACUUGUAGAUGCAGCAGUAACAGUUGAUCAAGUGUAGUAUUUCCCUGGUGGGAAUGUGGGACUUUUUACAUGAAACCAUAGAAAAUUUUCAGCUCUUUCUUGUACUCCAUAUAAUGAGGAGAAAGAAAAAACCUUGUUCCUGAAAGCUGAACUAGGUAGCAAUAUUUGGUAACAUGGCAUGACCACUUAAUGUUAGUAUUUAAAUGUGGAAAAUUGUAAAGCACACUUUGGCCAUCGCAGGCCUGAGAAUUAAAACUCUCUGUCAUUGGAACAAAAACUAAGGGGCAGCAUCCGUUUAUAAUGGGACCAGAAUACAAUUAAUACAGUUUAAUUGUAUACAUUACCAAAUACCCCAUUUUAAAAUUGCAUUCAUUGAGUGUGAGUAUAAAUUUAAGUCAAUACUUUUAGCCUGAGGAAAGCUUCUUUUCCUACUAAAUACAAGGUCCCCCUUUUUUCCGUUAUAAUUUAAUAAUUAUGCACUUAAAAUCAGAUACCAACCUGUAAAGUGCUAAUGGGUCUUUAAAGAACUUACCAGGGAGUUGAAAUUUCAUAUACUUUACCUGGUUAUUUGUAAAAAAGUCUUUUGAAACAGCUGUAAAACAUUUAAAAACUGUAGCAGAUACAUUGUUAACAUGCAACUGUAUGGUAGUCAAAGCAGAAACCUUACGUUUUAUCUAAUCUUGCACUGAAUUGAAAUGAUAAUAAAAAGUGAAAUGUUCAUUUACACAGAUUUUAUUUCCCACUUAUUGCUUAGCAUAGAAGAAGUAUGUUUAGUAUUAGAGGACUGACCAGCAAGAUUUAUUUCAGAUGAGAGAUAAGAACAUGAAAGCACCUUACUUUUUCGCACAUAUUGCAUUUAUUUAGUGCUGCUGAACAAUUCAGUAGUUAUAUCUGAACUUUGCCGCAAAGUGCUCUUUUAGUUAAAGCAUAUAAAGAAGAGUCUUUGCUUAAUUGCUUUGUAAAAAGAAGCAAUGGUAUUUUUUAUCCUAUAAGUAUAGUCUAACUUAAAAAGUUUUUCCUACAAAAUGAGUUUAUAUUGCUGUCUAAACUAUUGUGUAUGUAAACAGAGGUUUUUUUUUUAAAGGUGAGAGGGAGUCUGAGUUCUGUGUGUGUGAAAUGUUUCCCCAUUGAGUUAUUUCAAAGGUGUGUUCAUUCUAAAGUUUUCUGUUUUGCCCAGAGUAAAUGUACAGCUUGGUAAUUGAAUUUAAUUAAACUCCAAAUUUAUAAAUAUUUCUCCCCUUCUCCAGACACAUUUUUUAUGCCACUAUAAAGUGUGUGUACAGAAAAUACCUCCAAGGUUGAUUGAUACAUUAUUUUAUCAAUGUUGUUUAACACUGAAUCUCAAAGCGGCCAUUCAUUUUGAAGGUUAGGGUCAAGUUUGUUUUGUUUUUUUUAAGUCAGAUAUAAUAAGAGUGGUUCAGUUUGAGGAGUGGAGGACAGAAAGGAAAGACCAUGGUAAGUGAUUUUUAGAUGGAUACAAGUGGCGUGGGCUUUGGCUAUAGAGUUCAAUUUUAACAAGGGAUGUUUUGGGGUUUUUUUGUUUUCACUUGCAUGUUCUAUGGUUAACUGUCAAAGAGUGUAACAAAUUAUUUUAGCUUUUUCCAAUACUAAUUAUAUUGGUUCUAAAAAGCCUCCAUCAUUGUGGGGUGGCAUUUUUUUCCUUCACUUGUUGAACCAGGAGGGGGUAGUCAGUACAACCCAGGCAGUGACUUCUGAGAUCUUCAGCUUGGACAGAAUAUUCAGUCUCUUUGAAUUUCUCAUUGUACUGUACGUCUUGCCAAGUGUGAAACCAUAAUAUUUAGUUCAUGAAAAACUGAAGGUUACAGAUCAUUUUGCAUGAGUAAAGCCCAUUAGGGCUAAUGAAACUGACAUGUAUUUAGCCUUUAUGGUUAAAGGAAAAUGUUAAUGGCAAACAGAUUCACCAUUUACUAGCUUUGUGCAAUAUUAUAAUGGUAGAAGUAAAACACUAGCACAUUGUGCUUGGCUUUUAAGAAUGGCUGUAACACCAUCGCAUUAAAUGGACAGUGUGCACAGUGUGUUGUAAAUGCCAACUCUUGCAAAUUUACAGUACUUAAAAAUGCUCAAUUAACAUUCUAAGUAUUAAAAGUACAAAGAAAAACCUAAGCAAGCAUAUUUUAUAGCAAUACUAUGAAAUCUCCAAAAUUGUUCUGUUGCCUUUUGUUCUUUAGUGCAACUUCACUGCAUUGUAAUUAUUGUAUUGCUUUGUAUUUCAUGUUUUUUACACUCAUGACUUAAGAGAUAAGUACUUGUAAACCAAGUAUUGCAAUCACUUCUCUCUUCUUGUACAUGCAAUGUAACAACAUGCAGUUUUGGUGCUUAACAAUAUUCCUUUUUUUCUUUAAUAAAAGAUAUUUAUUGAGUUAACCUCUG